AUGUUAUUUAGUGCUGCCUUCAGUGGAAUCCAGGAAAUAGCCUAUAAAUUCGCUUACCGAUUCUUCUGUUUGCACUCAUCGAUUGUUGCAUCGACGCGGCGGAAAGCAGACACGACUCCAAGUGGUGCCUUCAAAGAUAACGUGACGGAGAUACCCGAUCACACCAAUUCAUGGGCACCGAAACUCACUUGCAAAGUGUUGGCAGCCGUGCUCGUUCAUUCUGCCUACUAUGCUUUCUGGAUUACAACACAUUGAUGCUAUGAAAGCGAUGGUCAUCUACGCACCUACAUCAACACGAUAUGCGUCGUUCUUGAAAAUAUCGCUCAUGUCAUCCAAUCUGAUUCAAACAUUAUCAACUACGUUAGUUUUCGGAGUGUGAUCUUUCCCUAGUAAUGUGACAGUCAUCUGCAUUUCCGCAUUCACACCGUGUGUCCCAUUAUUGGCGUGUUUUCACUGCUCUUUCAACAGUCAUCUAUGCGAGUGUCAUUUCUGAUUAAACCUCAAGUUCAAGUUCAA